AGUAUAUAAAAUAAUGUCCUACUCCUACCCCGCCACCACGCCGCGGCAGCACAAGCCCCUCUCCGCCCCCAGCCAGCCCUCCUCAGAUCUCAAUCCCGGCGCUCCCUCCCUCCCUCCUCGCCUCGGGACAGCGAGCGCCGCCGUCCGCCGUCCAUGGAGCACGACGCCGAGGCGCGCCGCGGGUUCGCCAGGAUGGGCUUCGGGUGCAAGCACUACCGGAGGCGGUGCCGGAUCCGCGCGCCCUGCUGCGGCGACGUCUUCCACUGCCGCCAUUGCCACAACGAGUCCACGAAAGACGGGCACGAGCUGGAUCGGCACGACGUCCAAUCGGUUAUCUGCCUCGUCUGUGACACCGAGCAGCCGAUCGCGCAGGUGUGCUGCAACUGCGGCGUCUGCAUGGGGGAGUACUUCUGCGCAGCCUGCAACUUCUUGGACGAUGACGUUGACAAGGAGCAGUUCCAUUGCGACGAUUGCGGCAUCUGCAGAGUAGGAGGAAAGGAGAACUUCUUCCACUGCCAAAAGUGUGGUAAAGAAAUAAACAAAUCCAUCACCAGCCAUAUUCACCACACCCGAGGAUGUUCUGGCUCCCCAUCACCAGCCAUACAUCAUCCUGUUGUUUUUUUUUUGUUUGCACACGCAGGAUCCUGCUACUCGACGACCCUUCGCGACAGGCACUGCUGCAUCGAGAACUCGAUGAAGAACAACUGCCCCAUCUGCUACGAGGCAGUACCUGUUCGAUUCGCUGAGGGAGACGUCGGUGCUCCGCUGCGGCCACACCAUGCACCUGCAGUGCUUCCACGAGAUGUUGAAGCACGACAAGUUCUCGUGCCCCAUAUGCGCCACGCCCAUCUUCGACAUGGACAAGUUCUUCAAGGCCCUCGACGCAGAGAUGGAGGCAAGCUACUUGUACACGGGAAAGAACAAAGUAGCCCUCUCGUCUUCUCGUAUAAAUGGCACAGAUCCAGAGAGAGGAGACUUGGAAGCGGCCGGCGCCGGCCCCGGCCCCCAGACGCCAAGACGCUCGGCAACAAGAUCCGCCGUGUCAGUGGCUCAGUGCCCGUGCUGAUCGAUGCUCGUGUGUGUGUGUGUGCUGGUGCAGGGAUGGGUCGUGUGCAACGACUGCAGGGACACGACGCAGGUCUUCUCCGGCAUGGCGGGCCACAAGUGCUGCCACUGCCAGUCCCACAACACCUGCCGGGUGGCACCCCCCGUCCUCCCGUAGCCACCACCACCACCACAUCAUUGUUGUUGGAAUUGGAUGCAGCCAGCCAAGAUACCCCCGGCCCCAGCAGCUACGCUAUUAUUACCAGUAGCGCCUGCGCUUUUACGCACCGCUCCGUUCCAGUCCAUGAUGAACUGCAUAAUUUCGUGCCAUGCAGGUAUGUACGUACACUGUUAUUGGAGAUCGGAAGAUUUAUCCGACUCGGGACGCAUUAUUUGUACCACAACAAAACACGUGUUACACUAUUGUAAUACCAGAUCUGGAUACGAAACUAUUUUUUAGGAUGCUUGAACGAGUGGUAUUUCCUUGGAGUGUGUAUAACAUUUAUUUAUUAGCUCAAA